AUGUCCGUGUUUGCGAAGGCAGCCUGUCUAGCCUUGAAGGAGAUCCUGGGUGCAAAUGCUUCAAUUGAGGGGCCCGGGACGGGCAACCAGGUGGUCUAUUGGGACUACUUUGACCUCUCCGUGGCCGUCGCCACGCCCAAAGGACUUGUCACCCUUGUCGUCCGCAACACCAAGAAUCUUGGGCUCGUCGACAUCAAACAGGAGAUCCCCCGGCUGGGUGCCAAAGCUAAGGACAACAAGCUCUUGCUUGAGGAUACGGCUGGCGGCACAUUCACAAUCUCCAACGGCGGGUUUUCUUCAGCCUAUCAUCAACUUCCCCCUCAAUCUGCCGUUCUUGGAAUGCACCCAAUCAAAGACACCCCGGUUUUCAGAAACGGACACAUUGCCAUCCGUCGUGCUCAGCUGCCCUCUCCGCCCUCCGCCUUGCCCUUGCCCUUGCCCCCCAGGUGA